AUGUUUCGCCAAGAACGUGGCUGUCGUAAAGAAGACAGCCGCCAUCAUGUCAAGGCUCUUAUCCCCCAGCAGGUCCUAGAGGCGGCAGUAGCUCGUGCCUCAAUUCCAAGCUCCAGCCUCAUGAGGGAUGCUCUACCGUACCCGGAACUGGAAUUCCCUACUGGCGUCAAGAUAGAGUGCCUCGAGGGCCAUGACAGACUUGCGGCGGCCGACAAGGUGCUGCAAGGCUCUAAGAAGAGAUGGAUCGUUGAUCUAUAUCUCGAUGACCUGCGACUUCUACUCACGGAUGGCUACGAUUAUCAGAAAGCGCCGGAUGACGGAGAAUAUUUCGUUACCAUCAGGCAGUUUCAAGGAAAGGGUGGCGAGAAAAACCCCUUCUUCGAAAAUCUAUGGUUGGGUAGGCUUGCAACAAACGCGAACAAAAAAAGACUCUUCAACCAACUUUCGAAGCACAAGGAGUACGGACCCGCCUUUGACACUCUCCUAGCCAUUCCAGGACUGUUUGGCAGUUUCCGACUGGGCACCAUACACCAACUAAUAGGCAUGAAGUGUGAUGAGCCGAACCUUGCAUACUUGAACCAUAUCUACAGAUGGUGGCGUGACGUCUGCGAUGGCGAUCAGGAAGCCAUGAAACAGAUUACGCGAGGCACCAUCACGGCCGUACGGAGUGGCGAAAUUUUCGAGAACUUCUCUCGCCCACAGCGUGAAGCAAUCUGGUCUCGAGUCUGCAGCUCUUCCAGACAAUGUCUUAUCCCCUCCCUGUUCACCUUUUUCGAGGACCGAAAACUUCUGAAUGAUGCUGCCGGCUGCAUCAAAAAGAUACUGCACGUGGGGCCCGACGACACCGUAACUGGUGUGCUCAACCAACGUUUCACCAAUGCGAACCAAAGGGAGGACCAAUGCAUCAUUCAGUUGUCAGAGACAACCUUCACUAGCGUGGCAGGAGACAUCAACACUCGGCUGGACCUUGGGAUACGCCAGCUAUGGCUGGCGGCUUUUCGCAACUACAAAGAGUUGCCAGCCGACACGCAAAAGAAGGACCUUCUGGCGGUAUCGCGAACCAAGGCAAACGAAACAGUUCUACACGAGCUUGCGUCUCUCGCUGCGCGACUUCGAUUUGUAUCAGACCAGCUCGAAGAGAUCUUGGAGACAUCUUCCGACCGAAAGGUAGCUGAACAGGCGCUUUUCGCAGCCCGCCAGCCUGGCCGAUAUGUGUUUCGAGAUCCAGAGGCGUGCGUACAACAAAAACUAGAUGCUUUUGCGGCUGCUGUGCCAGCUUCUGAAAGCGAAGCACUACUUGAGACAGAAGACGAAGUAAGAGAGCACGAGCGGCCACCGCAACGAUGUGGACGACCAAACGACACUGAUUACCGAUACGAUAAAACCCGCCUCUUUUUGCCGCAGAUGCAUGCCGACGUCUAUGGCGAGAUGAGGGAGAUGAGGUCGACGUUCGUUCGACGGUCUGUUUACUGCGCGUACUUUGGAGCGCCACCGCCUCUAGGAAGCCCUAUUACUUGCGACGAUGCCACCGGGAACGACGACGUAGCGAUGAUCCCCUGUAUGCCUAUCAGUGAGCAACCUGAACUUGUUGGAAACAGCAGUAGGCCGACGACGGUAACCGAAGAGGACAUAAUUUUGGCCAUAACAAGACAGGAGCUUCAUUUGGAGCAAGCGAGGCAUAGUGACAUAUGUCGUCGAGUGAGGGACAAGGAAUCGAAACUCGAGGAGUUGACACAAGACGAAGCGUCGCUUCAGGAACGGCUAGACGAAAUCAAUCGACAGAUUCUAGACCGGAACGUGCAGCUUGAUGGAUUACGACAAGAUGUAAUCUUGGAGGAAAGAAAGUUGACUCGGCUAAAGACAACGGUACACUUGGAGCAGAAAGAGCAUGGAGAGCCAGCACCCGAGUCGCCCGCUGGGGCAGCCGACGGUUCGAGGCAGGUCUUAUCGGCGGGCUUGGGACAAGGAACAGAGACUCAAAUUGUGCUGCGACGGACAGAUCGAAACACACGAUUCAACUUCCAAGAGCUUGUGGCACAUGACCCCAACAAGGAACACCAGGAGGCAUUGGCGAUUGUUGCAGAAGAAGCUGGAGCGGAUGGGGCCGAGCAAAAACGGACGAUUCGUAUUGACUUUGUGGAUGUAGAAUCUGGUGAUAGUUUUGUGAUCUCUGAUCCAUUGAUAGUGAACCCAGCAAACCCGGACGACCUGGAGCGCGUAAGGCGGAUGGCAAGGGACUAUAUGAGGAAGGGGUACUAUUUAUUUGAUAAGGAGCGUAACCAAUUGAACCCAACAGACUGUUUUCGCAAAGUUGUUGACGAUGGCACUCACACGAUUGUGGUACAGAGGCUACCAGGUGAGAGAGAACACCAGGAAGAAGAUAGCAGUAGAGUUAAGAGACGGCGUUGA